CAAACAUACUUAAUUUGACUACUCUACUCGUAGUCUCUAUGUCUCCUCUGGUUCUCUUUUCUUGGUUAAGCGCAGAAACCCAGGCGGACCAGCCUAUGGCAGACUCCGCUCUGUGGUAAUUAUGUCUCAUCAAAUGCCCGUUUCCGGCUCGCAACUUUCAGUAAUUCCUUCACAUGGUACUUUCCGUGGAAAAAUUGUGGCCGUCUGCGGGACCAGUGGCAAAAAACUGCCGUGAGGCGGCGAAACACCAAAGCCCUAGCGGCCAAGGAAAACCACCUGCCACUCUCGUCUCCCGCCUGCACGGACGCAUCGCCAACGACGGUGCAGUGUUGCGUUGCGGGCCGGUGCACGCCUUUUUUCCUUCGAAUCGCCGAUUUAUUCUCAUGCGUUUUCGGCUGUGGCUUACGUGGUUCAUGUUGGUGGUGCAGCGUUGUCUUGUUAGAUUGGUCAGCGGAGCAAAGUGGCGGUGGACGUCGUUUCUGCAUGUUCAACCUUUUUUUUUUCUCCACGCAGCGAGCGGCAAGCAAGCUAGCGGACCGGUGAAGGUUCCAGGGGUUGCGUGGGUGGAUGGAUCGCGUUGUGCUAAGUUCAGGCUUUGACCCUGACGUCUACGGUGGUGGCGGUUGGUUGACUUGAAUAUCUGCUGCGUUUUCUGCGGUUUUGCGUUGUGCGGUUCUUCUCUUUUUGUUCGUUCUAGGUUCUACAUACUCGAAAUCAGUGGGGGGGUGGCGCGCUUUGCUUUCGGUGCGAUACGGGGUUGUCGGUU